AGGUUUGUUCUCUCACGCGCCCCGCCUCCUCCUUAGCUAGCAUGACUGCUUCGCGGAAGGAGGAGACGGCAUCCCAGUCCCCCUCGCUCCGCACCAUGGCCUGGACCAGUGCCGGGCGCGAGAGGUCGCCGUCGCCGACCACAUCCGUGAAAAAACGCUUGCGUUGUGUUUCGUUGUGUGAGUGAGGUUACCGGAGGCCCAAUUACCUCCCUUUCCAAUCCCCAACUCAAAAGGCCGGCCGGCGACGAGUCACCUGAUGAAAGAAAAUGAAACACCUCCUAAUCCUGUUCGGCCUCUCGGCUUUAACGACAGUAAUAUCCGGCAAAAGCCAUUGUCACGCCUGCUUCGACAGUAUUUGCUAUUCCAAAGCUCUAAUAUUUCAAAACUAUCCAAUAUCCGGACAAUUAGCCGUGGACAGAGUCGCCAAUGUUGUUUAUUUUCACUACGAGGAUUCUCGGCCCUUAGAUCACACUGUUGCAUUUGAUUUAGACGAUAUUAGAUUCUUGUUUAUCCCGGAUAUUCAAUUUUCCUUCGCUCGAGCCGUUGACCAAACGACAAGAGAUGUCUACAUCGGCGGCGCGAAUGGCGUUUACAAAUACAACCCAAUUACGAAUGUUACAACUCCGUUUGCCCUGCAUGAUAAGACGAUAUGGCAUAUGCAGUUUAAAGAGAAGAUAUACUACACUAUAUUCAUGACUAAAGGACUUUACACGUAUGAAAAGAAACAAUCUAAAACUGUAGCCGCGUUGAAGGAUUAUACGAUAGACGAUUUUAUCGUGGAUAAGAAAGAUGAUAUUUAUUUCAUGACCAAUUUCACUGUUUAUAAGCUGAAAAAGGGGGAAAAUAAGGCCACGAUGUUUUCCACUAUAAUAUACACUCUCACUACCGAUAUAAAUGACAACGCAUAUUUCAUACAGAGGGAUACGAGAGGGUUGUAUAAAAUUGACUAUAGGACUGGAAGAUUGUCUGAAGUCGGUGCUUUUGGUAGCGGAUCGCCUUUCAGAACUGUAUUCGACAAUUACAAUAAUAUCAUAUAUUAUGAUGGAAUCAGUGAUCAGUUGUUCUAUUUGACCCCAAAUUAUGGCCGUUGCAAAGUGACCGAUGAAGGGAAAGGGAGGAAAUUGAAGAAAAAGGUGUCUUCUUUCUUCGAUAGUGAUGUUUGAUCAAUAUUCGGCUUUGGCCGAAUAAUGAGUGUUGGGACGUUAAGAAAAGUUAUUUAUUAUUAUUGUGCUUUCCAUCAGAGAUGUGCUAUGUAACUAUGUUACGAAGAUAUGUAAUAGCUAAGCCGUGAAACUAUGUGAUCGUUUCCACUGAUACUAAGCUAUGUAGUGUUGCUAUGCUACGAAGAUGCCACAUGAGGAAGACGCGCAGAUCGGGUAUACGAUGAAUUGAUAGUACGGAAACCAUCCAUAGCACGCAUCUUUUCCUUUAAAAACAUAGCUUAGCUGAGUCCAUUUCCACCAGUACUAGUCAUGUGUACCAAUGAAUAUGAUUGGUGGAAGUCAAACGCAUCUACAGCAACGUAGCAUAGCACAUCUCUGGUGGAAAACACUCCUCAUGUGGUACUGUUUAUGAAAUCUUUUAUUUUUGUGUAAAUAAAUAUUAUUGUAAUAUUUCA